UUUAAUUUCAAAUAAAAAUAUCCUUAUUUUUUGGACCGCUCGCAAAAAAUACGUAGUAUAUUCUCUUCUUCACAUGGUGAAGGUGAACUACUGAUGUUAAACGGUGUGGCUAUCAAUUCCUUCACUAGUUCCUUCCUGCUUCCGCCGCUUUUGCUCUUUGCACAUCAAGAAUCUCAGCAAGCUUCAUUCAUUCAAGGUCUCUCCGCACUAAUUAUUAGUAGCCUAGUAAAUACAUCUAAUCUAUUUGAUUCUUUGCUUUUGUUGCCCAACUCUAAGUUAGGCGUUCAUAAUAAUCGGCGCCUCCUUUGUUCAAUAUCCAAUUUCACAUUCCCAGUCUCCUGCCUUGUUCCUAACUAAAAGAUUCUACCUUUCAAAAUAUCUUUUUUGUCCUCCCUGCUGGUUUCUCUGUGGACAUGCGGGGUUUUCAUUAUUUAGUUUCGUAGCAAAGCAAGCGGAAGUUCGUUCAGGAAUCUAUUGACCUUUGAAGCCAAUCAAGAAGGCGUGCGCUUUGUGUAUUAGGAGUUUUAGUUUCCUUGAAAUGCCUGGAUUUGCUCCUAACUUAGCUAGCUAGAUGCAAUAAGAAAUGGGAUCUGCAAGUGAGUUCCACUGUUGGGGAGACUUCAAUUUGGACUCCAAGUGGGUGGUUGAUCCAAAACUUCUCUUUGUUGGGCCCAAGAUUGGAGAGGGCGCUCAUGCCAAAGUCUAUGAGGGAAAAUACAAAAACCAAAAUGUAGCUAUCAAAAUUGUUCAUAAAGGGGAGACACCGGAGGAGAUUAGUAAGAGGGGUUCCCGGUUCGCAAGAGAGGUUGCGAUGUUAUCCAGAGUUCAACACAAGAACUUAGUGAAGUUUAUUGGUGCUUGUAAGGAGCCUGUAAUGGUUAUUGUUACUGAACUGCUUCUUGGAGGGACACUGAGAAAGUACUUGAUUAACAUGCGACCAAGGUGCUUAGAUGCGCGUGUUGCAAUUGGAUUUGCUCUUGAUAUUGCUCGUGCCAUGGAAUGUCUACACUCCCAUGGAAUCAUACACCGUGACUUGAAACCAGAUAAUUUGCUCUUAACAGCUGACCACAAGACCGUUAAACUUGCCGACUUUGGUCUGGCAAGGGAAGAGUCAUUGACAGAGAUGAUGACGGCUGAAACCGGAACCUACCGCUGGAUGGCUCCCGAGCUCUACAGCACGGUCACAUUAAGACAUGGAGAGAAGAAGCAUUACAACCACAAAGUGGAUGCCUACAGUUUUGCUAUUGUGUUGUGGGAGCUCAUACAUAAUAAGUUACCAUUUGAGGGCAUGUCAAAUCUCCAGGCUGCUUAUGCUGCUGCUUUUAAAAAUGUAAGGCCAAGUGCUGAUGAGCUGACUGAAGAUUUGGCUUUAAUCGUGACGUCGUGCUGGAAUGAAGACCCAAAUGAACGCCCUAACUUCACUCAGAUUAUCCAAAUGCUUCUUCAUUAUCUGUCAACAAUAUCUCCUCUUGAAGUGCCCCCUAUACCUCCAAGAAUUUAUGCUUCAGAGAAUGUCGUCUUUCCACCAGAGUCUCCAGGUACAAGCUCCCUAAUGUCGAAGCGUGGUGACUCGGGGGGAGAUAUGACCCCUCAAACCCCAUCAGUGGAUGAAAACAACAACAGCAGGGGUUUAUUCUUCUGCUUUAAACAAUGUUACUGAGAUGCUCAAAAACCCUAUCGCCUUCACGUAUAUCAGCUUUACAGCUGUAGGCAUUGUAAAAUAAUUAUUCUGAUUAGUUCUGACUGAUUAUAAUAAUGCAAUAAUAAUCGGUAUCAUAGGGUUGUAAAAUAAGGUCUCAUCCAAAUGUUAUGAGGCAACAUUUGAAUGAUAUUUAGUGCAUACUUUGUUAAUAAUAUUGAAAAAGGAGGUAUAUAUAAAUAAAGUAAAUGAAUAAAUGUUGAAGUGUUUGUUGG